AUUAGCAAGGUCACGUCGACUAAGGCUGACGGUGGAACCAGUCAUAUUGCCAUGGAUAUAAUAAAAGAUCACCCAGAUUCGGGGUCUGCAUGGUUACUCCAUCAUCGCACAGCUGCCCCAGGCCACAGUUUUCAGGCUUUCUUACUGGAGACAUCCAAGAGCUGGGCACCCGCCACCAUUGUUCAACUGCAGAAAAUGCUGACAAAGAGAUGCUGCACUGCCACAACUAUAAAUAUUAUUUCCUGCUGUUUUAAAGAGGGUGAAAUAAGAUCAGCGCUGAACAUCAAGAAAAUAUCCAAACAACAGAUGGCAGAACCACAAAUAAGACAAAAAGAGAGCACACAGCGAGCCAUGGACAUUAAAGUUCCCAUGGAGCCUGAUGGACAACAGCUUUCAAAUGCUGCACUCAGUCAACAUGACAUUUUCCAAGCUGCUACUCUGCACUCUGGCAGCUCUUCACUGAAAACGUCUGAUAUAUCACAAAUAGAGAUUCAGAGAAAAGCAGUCAGAAUUAUUAAGAAAAAUGAACAUUUGAACUGGAAAGAUGAGCCCUUGUUGAAAAAAAGUGUUCAGAGGCAACAAUCUUUAAAAGAUGCAUCUGGUGCGUAUAAAGAGGAUGGAAAUUACAUUAAGAGGCAACGCUUGUUGGUAUCCAGAGAGAAGACAGGAUCUAUAAAUAGACCGCAGUAUAAGAUGAGGGGUACUCAGGACGAUAAUAAAGAGGAUUUAAGUGGAAAAAUAAUCGCAAAACAAGCAGAGUCUAGACACCCAGAGGGAGAACGUGAAACAGAAAAAUCACAUACAAAUACUAUUGAAAAUGGAAACCAGAAAAGAUUAGCAUACAUCUUACAAGCAGACUCUACACAUAAAGCAGAUAAUAAUGAUGUUGAUCACAAGCAAAUGCUUACUGAGGUGGGAGAAGAAGUCUUAAUCAUGGUAUUCCUUCCAGACACGGAGAGAGAGGCACAAACAGAAAGAAAACUUAUUCUGAACACAGAUACUGGCUGGAAAACAGUAAAUAUACCCAUAAAGCAGCUGGAAGACCCCCCACCAAUGACUGAAGUUAUGAAGGAAAACUUUAAUAUUGAAACAGAUAACUCAAAAUGUCAGUGCUUGACAGAAAUCCUCUUUUCAGUAGAAAUACAUGCACUGGAUAGAACAGAGGGAAUAGAUAUAAAACCAGCAGAAAGUGCAGCUAAAGUAACUACAGCAUCUGCAUACACUGAGGAACAGACUGCAGAAAUGAGAGAGAUAAUAGAGCACACAGAGACUAAUGACACACCUCAUGAAAAUAUGAGCAUAAAUAAUACUAAACAAGAGGAAAAUGUUCCAUCAGAAGAAUCCGUCAUACCUUCGCCUCCCUCGCUCAAAAUGAUUAAAACAGAAACUGCAAAAACGGAGCUUAUGGCUGAGACAACUACAGUAAACAUGGAGAUAAAAGACACAACUUUGAGUAGUGAAGUCUUCAAUCAGGACACAACACAGAACGCAGACGGACUGCCAAGAACAGAGGAGACCCCAGUGACCACAAUGAGUCCAGGAUCUGAGACUGAGCCCAGAUUCAUAACAUGGGAAACGAAUAAUAAUGUACAAGCUCCGACUGAAAAGUUAUUCUCGGGCCUCAGGAUGAGAGAAGACGUCCUGGCAGAUAUAACCAAACUGCACAAAGGCGCAGAGGAUGGAGAUAGAGCGGCAACAAACAGGCCAGCAAAUGAAAGACAAGAAGACCAAAAGGAUUCAAAAGUGAACUCAUUUAGAUUUGCAAAACCAUCACAAAUAAUCCACAAACAAGCCACAGACACGCUUCCUAAAACUACAGAUGACAAUAUGCCGCUCUGCAGAGGUUUAAUACAUCGCACUAAAGCUGGUUGGAAACACUGUGUGGAGCGAUUUGCAGGUAUGGGAUCAAAGAUGUUUUCCUCAAUGGAACCAGCGGCUGCAUUUACGGAUACAGAAGAAGAGGAGACCACAUCUAUCAGAGACCACAAAGACAGUCCUCUCAGCGAUGACGAAUAUGAUCAUUUCUAUUAUUUUGAUGGCAUACUGAGAAGAGUUCAAAAUAAUUUUUACCCCGAUUACAAGAGACAAAAACGGCAAAAAAGGAACCACGACAACGCGGAGAACAAUGUUUUCACAAUGAGAAAAAAAGGAGACACUGAAAAUCUCAGUUUUAUCAAACGUCUUACUUUAAGGAAAAAGGCCAGUCACUUAAAAUGGUCAGGCAGGCACCGAGGCACUCACUACUACGGAAAAACUGGACCAAAUACAGUUAAGAACUAACAAUGCUGAUGUGUAUUUUUACCUGCUGGCCUGUAAAUGAAAGGGAAUGUCCUGAUAGAAGAGUUGAGUCUGCCAUGUGACAAUAUAAUCAACUCGACACAUCUCGACAAAUAGAGCAUAAAGAAGGAAAUGCACAGAUUCAAAGUUGUAUGAAUAAGCAGGGAACAUACAAGCAUUUCUUUGUGAUGUUGAUAUGUGUUCAAUAGACAGGACUGAUAAUGACCAUCAAAGUAAUUUGAAGUAACACAACUUCUACCUCUGAAUGUAGUUCAUGAUAGCCUUUAGUAGAUUUGUUUUGUCUACAAUAAACGUAUUAAUCAGCUGUACUGCAAGACAAUUCAAAUGGCUGCAAUAUGUAUGUUUAAAGUGACUACAUACUAGUAAAAACUGAGUUUUGUAGUCGGUUUAGUAAAACAUUUAAUCCAUGGCUUCAUAUGAUUUUAUAAUAUUAAAACUAACAUUUUUUAAA